GUGCAGCAACAGUAAUACUUUGACCCUAAUACAUAUGCCAGCAUGGCGUGAGGUGUCCAUUAAAGGGCUGAUCCCACAACCUCUGUCUAGUGGACUUUGGUGGGUGCCAGACCUAUUUCGUAGGUGUCAUUUGAUGUUAAAGAAGUCACUGCUGGUUUACCCCUGGCAUAACGGAGGAGAGGCUCAGGCCUCCCCUUUCCCAGGUAUUUUAAGAAUACACCAAGUGUGCUUUAAAUGUAUAUAUGUAGUUUUUUAGAUAUAAAUAUACAUGCACGUGGAAGUACGUGACACUAUUCCUCUGCACAUGCAUGGUGGUUAGAUACUUACCUCUGUAAUGGGCAUACAGUUGGCUGGUGUACAAACAGCUACGCUAAUGUAAAUGGUGAGGGGAUCUGGCCUCUAAUAUUCUGGUAACUAAGAGAGGCCUUUGUUCUUUUAACUUCAUUCCAGGGAAGACAUACCUUUCCUAUGUCCCAAGAGUGUAAGAGAAGGAUUACUUUCUCCAGAUUUCCGACCAACAUCACCUCCUCCCCGUGAGUGAAGUGUAAAGGUUCAUUUCCAAAGUAGAAUCCAUAGUUCUGUUUUUUUCUAGCCAGUUAUUUUUCACACUGAUGGUGUCUUUUUUUUUUUUUUUUUUUUCUAAAAAUGAACAGAGAGCUUGGGAAGUUUCUUGUUUAUCAAAUGCAGCAAAAGGAUCAACCGGAGUGCAGAAAAACGCACACACACAGGUUACCUAACUCUCACAUGCAACAAAAUAGCGCACAGAAAAUGUAAGUGCAGAGCUUAGGACAGGACACAAGGAAACAGCAAUAUGAAAGAGUAUGUCCUCCUGAUAACAUUUCCUUCUGCAGACUGGGAGAAGGACUUGGCUUACAGAGUUAGGGAUAUACUCAAAUCAACAGGGAAAAUCUGUCUCUUGUGGCAUCCAUAGAGACUGGAAGUGUUUCCUGGAGACCCCCAUCUGGGCUCUGUUUAGAUAUCUUCACUGGUGCAUACAUGAGGCUGUGCCUCCAGUCUCUUGAGUUCAGGAGCAUCUUGCAGCCUGAGUUGUGGGAGCAGAGUACCUAAUAAACCAGGGAGCAACAGGAGCAAGGCUUGCUUCUAUUAAUCCCUCCCUGCCUCCUUCCCUCCACACACACACACAUACACACACACACAGUGCAGAGAACUUCCAGGGGGCUUCCACCAGGUGUGGAGAUAAGCAUGAAGGAGAGGACCGGUUGUGGCCGUGUUGCUUCUCACCUUUGCAUGACAUUUGCAGCCACUGUAUCCACCUUCUCUGUCAGCACAAGGCAAUGAAGGAGACAUUUAUGCUAUCCAAGGCUGUUCUCACCUAACAGUCCUCCGCUCAUACAGAAGACGUGAUUACAGAAAUGCUAUUGCUAGCAGUUAAAUACAGCCUGGGGCAUCACUGCGUUAGUUGGGAUAUUUGUAGCUAGCAGCCAGCCAAAAGUCCUAAGGCUGUAAUGUAAUGACAAUGCAAGUAGCACUCCAGGCUACAGUGGAGAAGUCAUUCUGUGUCAGGGAGCUAAUUACAGAACCUAGCUUGUCGGAGAAGCUAAAAUAAACUCUGAAAUAGAGAGAGCAUGGUGAUGGCUGGUGGGUAUCUAUCCCUCUUAUCCCUACCUUAUCCCUACUUAAACGUGCAGGAGCAGAUCCUUCCCAGUGCAAAAAGAGGGAGGCUUCAUUAGCUGGGGGAGAGGGUACCCUGGCACAGAUUUGGUGUGCAGGCUGUUCUGAGGAACACAUGGGGUUAACACACUGCCACACAAUUAUCCGAGGGACAAGGGUUUCCUUAAUGAGCCCUCUAGCUGUGGGGCUGACUGUGGGAUGGGCUGGGGUUUGCUCUCAGAGGAAAUGGGGAAACGUGUGCAUUAGUCAGGUGAGAGCUUAUUGAGAGAUAAACUGAACAAGAGGAAAGGGGAAAAUAUGGGUGAAAAAAGAAGGGCCUGGUUUGCCCUGCUCAGGAUGAAGACAGAGUGGCUGGCUUGUUUCAUCUUUUCAGUCUCUAACCUGCUGCUGCAAUGAAGUAAUAUAGGGGCUGCUAAAAGAGAGAGAGUUUCUUUUGUACAAUAUAAAAGCCAAGGAACUGAUAUUGCACAUCAGCCUCCUUAACAGAGCAUCAUUUCAUUUUUUUUUAUGGCACUGAUAAAUCCCUUGUACUUCUGCUCCCAGACCCUAAGAAAGCAUCUGCUUCUGGGAUUGCCCAUAGAGUUGACAUGUGAAGUUGGAGAACAGCAGUAAGAAUUCAGCCCCUGGCAGCAGCAGACUCCAGCACACCUUUGUUAAAGCAGAGGAGGAGUGGAGGGAGCUCCUGGUUCUGCCAGGUCUGGAGGCCACCUCCGCUGCUCAGCAAUGUGGCUGCACAGGCAUUCAAAAAUGAAAGCUGAGGUAAUCAAUAAAAUGGGUAAAAACCCUAGUUACCCUAGUUCUUAAUAAUUAACUGGAAGUCCUUCCAUGAACUUAGUACCUGAGUGUGGAAUUUGGAAUCUGACCUUUACUACAUCUAGAUAAACACAGUGGCUGCUGCGGGAGCUCCCUCUGCAAGCAGGGCUCCAUUGUCAGCAGUUUGCUUCUUGGAGGCUCUCUUGCUUCUUGGAGGCUUUUGCACUUCAUGCUGCAGUCAGGAGCUCGGGGGAGUCCAGCAUGAUUGUUCUUACCGUGCUGUUCCUUUGCAUCAUUUCCACAUAUUCAGCCUCCGUUAAAGGGCACACUACUGGACCAAGCUUAAGUAAUGAUAAAUUAUAUAAAUUUGCUUACACUGCUGAAGUCUAUGUUGAUCGGGCUAAAGCAUCCCUGCAGAAAAGCGCAGGCUACCGGUUUUCUUCUGGUGUAGAUGUCAACCUCUUAUGGAGAAAUCCUGAAAAUGAUGAUGACCAGUUGAUCAAAGUUACGAUAAGAAAUGUCCAAGUGGAAAAUGUGAGUGAACGUCCAUCUGAUAAAAGCAUCUUCAAAGGAAAAAGCACAGAGAAAAUCAUCGGGAAAGAAUAUCUGAAGGCUCUACAGAGGCCCAUGGUGCUUGAGUUAGCCCGUGGAAAAGUCCAAAACUUCUACUCAUAUGAAAAUGAACCUGUUUUUACUCAAAAUCUUAAGAGAGGUCUGGCUAGCCUUUUCCAGCUACAGAUGCACUCCGGUACUGUUCGUGAGGUGGACAUAUCUGGGAAAUGCAAUGUUACUUACCAGGUGCGGCAAGAUCAAGUGACUAAAAUAAAGGCUCUGGACACCUGUGAAAUAGAAAAAACAGGAUUUACCAGCCACAACCAGAUUUUAGAUGUCAGCACAAAAGCCACAUCUGCCACAAUUUAUGUGCUAGAAGACAGUUUCAUUAAAUCCAUUAAGGCAGAAGAGAAUUAUGUUUUCCUUCUGAAUUUCCGACGAAAAACUGGUGCCAAAAUAGUUUCAAAGCAGAGACUGGAACUGCAAUCAGUAGAAGCUGGCCCUGGACUGAUUGCUGGGAAGCAUGCUGCUGGUGUUAUCAAGACUUUGGACUCCAGUUACAUUUCCAUGCCACUAGUAGCAGAGACAAUCAAAUCCGAAUGCAAAAAGUGUCCUUCCCUUUCUGAACACUGGAAAAGCAUCAAAGAACACCUGCAUCCUGAAAAACUUUCCAAAGCUGAAGCAGCAAGAAGUUUUUUAUCUUUCAUCCAGAACAUCAGAAAAGCUACAAAAGAGGAGAUACUUCAGAUUGUUAAAACUGAAAAAAAAGAACUCCUUCCACAGAUAGUGGAUGCCAUAACCUCUGCUCAGACGCCAGCAUCAUUGGAAGCCAUACUGGAGUUUCUUGACUUUAAGGAUGCAAGUGCUUCUGUCCUGCAGGAGCGAUUCCUAUACGCCUGUGGAUUUGCUUCUCACCCCAGUGAAAUGCUCCUGAAAACUUUAACCUCAAAGUUCAAGGGUGAUAUUGCGAAUGAAGAAAUCAGAGAAACUCUUGUCAUUGUCAUGGGAGCGCUCAUCCGAAAGCUGUGCGAGAGAGAGGGCUGCAAGCUUCCGGCUGUUAUAGAAGCCAAGAAGUUGAUUCUAGGUAGGUUGGAAAAGCCUAAGAAAGAUGACAAUGUGAGGAUGUACCUGCUGGCGCUGAAGAAUGCACUCCUUCCUGAAGCAAUUCCACUGCUUCUGAAGUACGCAGAGUCAGAAGAAGGGCACAUCAGCAAUACUGCUGUCACCGCCUUACAGAGAUACGAUCCUUCUUUCCUCACCAAUGAGGUGAAGAAAACAAUGAACAGGAUAUACCACCAGAAUCGUAAAGUCCAUGAAAAGACAGUGAGAACCACUGCAGCUGCUAUCAUCUUAAACAGUAACCCAUCCUACAUGGAAGUGAAAAACAUCCUGCUCUCCAUAGGUGAACUGCCUCUGGAAAUGAACAAGUACAUGCUCUCCAUAAUCGAAGAUAUACUUCAGCUUGAAAAGCCUUCAAGCAAAACAGUUCGGAAAGUCCUGAAGGACAUGCGUGCUCAUAACUAUGAGCGCUUCUCCAAGCCAGGAUCUUCCUCUGCCUACUCUGGCUAUAUUACACGUGGUCCUGAUAUAUCAUCCACGUACAGCCUAGACAUCCUCUAUUCAGGCUCUGGCAUUUUAAGAAGAAGCAACUUGAACAUCCAAGUUUUUGACAGAAAUGCUCAACUUCAUGCUGGCCAGGUGGUGAUUGAAGCUCAAGGUCUAGAGUCCAUAAUAGCUGCAACUCCUGAUGAAGGCGAGGAAAAUCUGGACUCCUUUGCUGGCAUGUCAGCCAUUUUGUUUGAUGUCCAGCUCAGGCCAGUUACAUUUUUCCAAGGCUAUGGUGAUUUAAUGUCUAAAAUGCUCUCAGCAACUGGAGAUCCCAUCAGCGUUGUGAAAGGACUUAUCCUUCUGACAGACUACUCACAGGAGUUCCAGCUGCAGUCUGGGCCGAGGGCAAGUGCAGACUUCCAAGGGGGCCUGGCCAUUGACAUCUCAGGAGGAAUGGAGUUCAGCCUGUGGUACAGGGAGUCCAAAACCAACGUCAAGAACCGGAUAGCCAUGUUUGUAGCUGGUAAUGCCGAGGUGGAUUCCUUCUUUCUAAAAACUGGUAUGGAAACCACUUUGGAAAUAGAAACAGCAUUAGACUUUAUCUCCACGGUGCAGUUUUCACAGUACCCGUUCUUAGUCUGUAUGCAGAUGGACAGAGUUGGCUCUCCUUUCAGGCAUUCCAUGACCAAGUAUGAAAGCCUACCAUCUGGCAGACGGUACACUGUGAGGAGAGGGAAAGCAGAAGUGCUGGAAGGUUGUGAAUAUCCUCUCCAUCAAGAAAACUCCAACAUGUGCAGGAUGGUUUUCAGCACUGCAUCUGAUUCCUCAAGCAGCUGGUUUUGAAAUGGGCACCUUGAGCUUUUGUUGUCCUGAAUCCGUGGCUCCCUCAAUGACUUAGGCUUGUAUGUACUGUACUAACUUGGAGCUUGAUCUUGCACUACUGCAGGUAAUGGGAAAUUUGCCAUUGAUUUCAACAGGCCAGGAUCAGACUCUCAAUGCGUGUGCAGUGUUUACAUAAUAACCUAUAUUUAAGACUUUUGUAAAAAAAAAAAAAAAAGGUAGGGCUAAUAAGGACUAAUUUGGUAGUUCUUUAUUUGUACUUUUUGUGCCAAAAGCAAAAAUAAUUGCUCAUUUUUCUUUUUUCAGGGAGUACAGAAGUCCAUGUUUUUGACAUGCAGUAAGAACAAUUAUGAUGUAUAAAGACUGAUUAUUUAUGAAUAUAUUUGAAAGUAUUUGGGUGUUUUAGGCCUAUGACCAAUCCUCAUUAAUAUUGAAAUAGAGUUAACAUCCAGAUGGGACCAUGAAUUCCUGGUUACUCAGUACUGCCUGUUUACAAAAAAAACAGGUUUUAUUUUACAUGAUUUUAAAUGGAUUUUCCUUUUUUUUUUUAAGCAGUCAGAACUUGCUUGUUAUUAUUAUUUAUCUUUUUUUUUUUUUUUGUAUUAACUGCUAUAGUUAAACACAAUUGAUUAAAAAAGUGUGGAAACAUUUCCAAAAGUACUUACAGUUGCCUUAAUUCUGUUCCAAUUGAAAUCAAUGGUAUAAUUUCUGUAGUUAUCACCAGGAGCAGAGUUAAGCUGACACCAACUGCUCUCCAAGGCUGCCUUCUGAAAAUGUAGGUUGUUGUAUGUAAUCAAGCCAGGUGUAGCUCAAAGAACGAGCAUUCACUGAGGCAGUUCUGAACUAUGAUAAAUGAAAAGGUCCUGAAAGAAAUCCAUUUUGAAUGCACAGUUUAGCAAAGCCUGGCCAGAGACAGAACACCUUUUAUUCUAUGUAAGUUAGGUUCAUAUUUGAAUGUAAAGAAGUAGUCACUACUUUUACAAGUUAUCCAAAUAAAAUGACUUAUAUUAGUACCUUUUUGUUUGUUCCAGCAGCAGCUAUGCAAGAACUGUGGGGAAAAAAAUACAUUUUACAUUUGCAACAAUGUUGCAAAUUAAGAAAGAAUAUCCCAACUCAGCUGAACUCUGACAGGAUCCGAUUUAAUUUUUAUAGGACAAGGUGUGUGAGUGCUCAUAACAAAAAAAAUAAAACAAAAAGCUAGGAAGAAAACAAAAAGCCCACAGGUUGCCAUGACAAAAAAUGUACUACAAGAAUGUGAAAAAAAAAUCCCAAGUAUUUUCAUGCUGUAAAAGACCAAGAGUGCCCAACCUGCAGAAAUCAAACUAUAAAUGGGAUGAGACAGUUUGCUUGUUGUCUUUCCUGACCAUGCUGACACAACUCUAGUCAAAGCAUAAAUAAAACAGGCAAAAAUACAGUAUGAAAAAAUUGUUUUGCUUUCAUUUGCGGUUUUGUCUGUUACCUUCUGCGUUGCGAUACACUCCCAUUGGGAAGGAGUGGUGUUGAAGGGUGCAACAGGAACUAUUUCAUUCCUCACCACAUAGGACACAGCAACACAGGCAAGAAGAUGGUGGCAGGUCCAGAGGGUGAUGUAGACCCCAAGCAAGAUGAACCACAUGCUGGAGGUGCUUAUUCGAUUGUGCCCAGAGGAGAGGUGUGACAUACCUGCUUCUCCUCUAUGUCAACAUUUACCAGAGAUAAAGUAUUUUCUGAUUACAAAAAUUAAUCCAGCCAUGGUCAAGUAUUUGGCCACCACCACCAAGUUUGCCUUUCUCUCAUAUGAGCAUGCACAGCUCCGCUUAACAUAAAUACAUUAAAUCUCCUGGACAUACGGAUCUAUGCAUUUUAUUUUUUUCUAUUUACUCAUCAACCCCCAGCACAGCUUCUUGAAAAACUGCAUGCUCAUCUGCAUUAUUGAAAACAGCUCCUAGGACAAUAAGCCUGAAAAGGUAAUUUGGGGUCCUUCACACCUUUAACUGCAUCCCUUGAAGCUAAAUUAUAUGGAGCCCAUUCUACUCUUUCAGAAGUGAUAAACAUCCGCGUGGCUACUCCUGGGUACAGCAGCAACACAUUUGUGUCUGAAGUUAUCUGACCAUAACAGCUGGACAUAAUGGGGAUGCCAGAAGGGUCUUAGUCCAACAGCUGGGUAAUGGAAGGCAAUGGUUUACUGACGUGGGCUCCAUAGCUACAGAAACAACAAAACUGAUGUUCCUCUAAAAUAAGGUGAAACUAAUACAUCGCUUAAUCCUGCAUUUGAAGAGAAAACACAUUUAGGGCUAUAACCACAGCAAACGCUAUGGAUGCUUAUCAAACCAUGGAGGGUGAAUGGCAAAUAUAUAAUGUACAUUUUAACAACCUAUAAUAUGUACUUUUAAAUAAUUGGCAAUGGUAGCAAUUGAAGAUUAGCUUAUGCUGAAGUAUACUGAAGAGCUAAUGCUCAAUCCUUACCAAUCAAAAACCACUGAAAGAACAAAAUAAUAAUAAUUCAGGAAUUGGAAUAAUAAUUCCAAAA